UCAGCUGAGCAGGUCUGUUGGGAAACGGGCUCCUCCCACGAGCCUGGCUUGCUUUACUUAUAAAAGGUUCUCUGGAUGGACACUGCUCAGUCCACUGUCAAGCAGGUGGCCUGUUCCGGUUGGAGAACUGAGAGAGGUUUCCAGUGGAGCCAGCGUCUGGUCCGCCGUGACGAGCUCCGCCAUGUCCCAGCAGAGCGCCGCUUCCGCCAAAGGCUUUUCCAAGGGGUCCUCGCAGGGCCCGACUCCCUGCCCAGCACCGGCGCCCACCCCGGCGUCCGGCUCCUCCUCUCCGUGCUGCGGCGGCGGCUGCUGCGGCUCCGGCUCGGACGGCGGCUGCUGCGGCAGCGGCGGCGGCUGUUGCGGCGACAACGGCUGCUGCGGCUCGAGCUCCACCGGCUGCUGCUGCUUUCCGAGGAGGCGUCGCCGGCAGCGCAGCGGCUGCUGCUCCUGCUGUGGGGGCGGCAGCCAGAGGUCGCAGCGCUCGGGUAACCAGAGCUCCGGCUGCUGCUCCGGCGGCUGCUGCUGAGCCGCCCACCACCUGCUGCUCCCCACCGCGCCUCCUCCCGGUGGUGCCCCUGGCUCCCACGCCGGGUGCUGGGCCUCGGAGUUUGCCUCCCACAGUAAAGCUAAUUGCACUUUGAUGUCCGGAAACCCACCCGGGUCUCAGCCCCACAGAACUCCCCGGACCCCCUGUGUGAUUUUUCUCUCCGGGGACCUGAGAGCCAUGGGCGGAACACACUGGACUCUGCUAUGGUCUGCAGGGGCUUGCACCCAGCAGGUGCCCAAUCAAUGCCUACUGAUUUGAUUGUCCUUUGAAGACAUCGCAAUAAAGCUUCUACCUCCUGAGAA